AAGAUUGAAAUUUGAAAGUGUUUCAAUCGUAGCAACGGUAGACUUUAAAUUCCUCAUUCUUUGUUCAACAUUCGAAGGAAGAGGGAGACGUCCAAAUUUUAAGUACAAAUUAUUUAUAUUUAUUUAAAAAAAGAGAGAGAGAGAGAAAACAAAUACACAAUGAAUAAUCAAACAAUUUUAGUGAAUUCCGAACAGCAAUGCUUCGAAAUGUUUUCCGAACCAGUGCACUGUAGUUCCACUCGUCAUCGGCAAUGAAACGCUUAUCGUCACCAUGCAAGACCAGCGGAAUGUUAUUGAUCGGAGGAAUUGGUACUUGUCGCGCCCUCCAAAUGCUACGUCGGCUGCUGCUGCCCUUCCACCGGAAAUGGAGAAAGAAUUAAUCCACCUGUACCCGUUGAUAGCACAAAUAUUGCAUAACAUAAACGAGAAAAGUGCACCAUCGAUGCAAAUGCCUGCCACAACGUAUCGACCGCCUAAUCAUGUGGUGGGACAGGAGAAACCGUUUUGCUUCCACUAUGAGAAACAAACCGACACAGAAGAUUUACCAUACUUUCAGAACUACGAUCGGCAAAGGCAUGGUGAAAAGGUGAUCAAACAUGUGCACUACUAUGUGGAAAGCGCCGUGAAAAGCAAGGCCACCAACACGAACUCGGAUACGGCCAACGUACGGCGGAUAGAAGCUGAGGAGAUUACGGAUAUUGAAGAUAUAAUAGAACAUUCUAUCAGUAUGGAGUAAACGGAUGAUUUCUUCUUUAAAUUUGCCUUUGGAUGUUUCUAUUAUUUUGUAAUAGAUCAAGAACUGAUUGAGAAUUUGAUUUCAAUUCAAUUUAAUUUCAAUUCAAAACAACGAACGUCAUGUCAAACGUCAUCCGAUAUGUCAAUCUUCGAUGGCGAAUGACAAAAACAAACAACCCGCAUGAUCGAACCUCCUCAGCGAGGUAAUUGUUCUGCAGACAGUUUGUUUACAUCAUUUGUUUGUGGCCAAGGGGGACGUACAUUUUUAUCAUCCAAGAAUUAGCCUUAUUCCCAUGCAGUAUGGCACCUUUGCAGUAGUCGCAAUAACAUUGAACAGGACAAAUAAAGCGCACUGAAUUCCACCA